CCGGGUUUUGUCAGUUUUUCUCAUUGUUGUUAAAAACUGAAUGACGACUCCUAUAUUACUAGUCAAUUGGGUGUAUACUCACAGGAAAUCCAAUUACACUUGAUUGAAUAAAAAUAAUCGUCACACCCACGAGGGACAAGGUCACGCAUUAGCCUCGCGCUUUUUCGACCCCCUCACAGUGGCGACUCCACUGGGGAUAGUGAAGGAAAUACUCGUGCUUGUAGGUAAUCAAAAUAGCCGAAGGGUGAAACGAUCCUACCCCGCGUUUAUUUCCCCAUCAAGUUGGGACGACCUGAAAAUCAGCAUAUUAAUGUGAACGGGCAGAACAUCAUAACGAAUCUCGGCUCCCUCGGGAGUUGGGACUAAGGAUACCUUUUUUCGCCAAUAGGGGGGUGCAUACGCCGCGCAUGUUUCCCACUCGGUACUUGUGCAGGUAGUACACCUAUCCCGAACCCAAUCGCUCGCCCAUUAGGUCCCUCUCGCCUGCAUGCCCCCUUGGCUUGCACUUACGGGUUGGCCUCUUGGGCGAAAUUCGUCUGUUGAAGACACUACCUUGACCGGGGCAUGUGUUGGAUCUACGAUAGAAGCGGUACCAAGCUAGGCGUAAAUAAACUACCCAUAGAAGCCUAUCAUAAACUACGUGGCAUAUUUAAUUUUCAAAUCCAUGUUUGUAAUGUUAUGUGUAGCGAAAUAUGUAAUUGUGUGUAACAAACUAUCCUAGAAAACCAAUAACCUUAAAAAUUUCCCAAACAUUCAUAGACUAAUUUGCCAAAGAGUUAUACCGAAGCACGUGUUCCGCAAACCCGAAUGAUCGCCACAAAAUAAGCGACACUCAGGAUGGCCUGUAACGAAUCCCACAAACGCUGUUACGCGUGAAGGACGUUAUUAGGCAAGCACGCAAAUCGAAGUCGCAUAAACAGAAAACAGAAAACGAGAACCAGCCAGGGACGCAUUUUUCAACGCCCCUGGCUGGGCGCCAAAAUUUCUCACGCCCACUGUUGGGCGCUGAAGUUGCUGCUUGGCUUUCUGGUCAGGCGCAGCAGCUUCGGUGCCCAAGCAAAAAGAAAGUACGUAGCACAAAAAAUGUUCAUCAAAAGAAUUGCUACGAGGGCGUAAGAAAAGCACUCGAUUUCAAAAGGCGACUCGCGAAAAAUUAAUAACUCUUUGUGUCGUCGUUAGACCUCCUACGACGGCAAUGCUCGGCACCAAAACCGAGCAUGCUAACAACUAUGAAUGUCACACAGGCAAGUGUUUCGAAAAUCCAAAGAAUGACCAAAAUAAAAAAAACCCCCAAAAUGUGUAACGACAGAAGAAAGAGCGAAAAAGUGAAAAAACAAUUUAGAGAGUCGAAGUCUAGAAUAAGUAAUGCUUGAAACUUUGGGAACCUAAACUUUAGCUUAUCUUAUGCCUAGGACCGGUCCUGCCACUUGCUGCCGAUCAGGGAAUCAACGGCUAGUGCGUCUCGAAGAUACAUCACCAACAUCAGGUUUAGUAGCUCCAAGCUCCGUCCGUCGUCCCUCAUUUCAAAGAUCUCCGCUUGCCCAACCUCGAUUCGCACCUCCAAACAUGUCCAUCGAAGAUUUGCGAGACCAGAUGGUCCAAAUGACCCAACUCAUGGGCCAACUGAAAAUGGAAAAUGAAGCCUUAGCGGCUGCGCAAGCCAAAAAUGACCUCGAAAACGAGAAGAGGAUUGAAAAAAUGGUCCUACAGCAAACCAUGGGGAGCAAAUACUUCUCCCUCGAGCCUGAACCUUUUUCUGGCAAAUUACCAGAAAAGUUCAGUUCAUCUGACUUACCAAAGUUCAAGGCCACGGAUAACCCCCGUGAUCAUCUACUGAGCUUUGUGAACACCAUGAACUUGAAAGGCGUGGACAAGUCCAUGUACCUACCUGCCUUUCCUUUGUCCUUGGAACCUGUGCCGCUCAAAUGGUACUAUCACCAGGACCCUAAGCUCUUCCCCACUUGGGAAGACUUUGUCAAUGUCUUCAUCAAGCAAUACUCGUCGAACAUGGAUUUCCAAGUCACCAUGCGCGAGCUGGAAGUUCUCUUCCAAAAGAAAAAUGAGGGUUUCACAAGCUACUUUGCUAGAUGGAGGGACCAGGCGGCCCAGCUAAUCAAUAGGCCUCCCGAAACAGAAUUGGUCCAAAAAUUCAUUGACAACUUAGACCCGGCUUACAGACAACACCUUAGGUACCUGGGACUCGACACUUUCAAAAGGGUUUAUGAUGUGGGAAUAAAAAUCGAGGACGACCUCGCCAAAACCAUACAGAGCAAACCUGCAUAUAAGACCAACACCUAUAAUCGGGGUAACGCACCCCAAGCCCAAGAAGUCCGUGCUGUAGAAGAGGCUCCCGCCCGAAGAUACCCUAUAAGAUGGGUCCGAGACCGAAAGUUUGCCCCACUCGGGUCAACUUUGGUACAAGCCUUUGAAAGACUAACCAAUCAAGGAAAGUUGAGACCCAUAGGCCCCACCCGUGACCCUCCUGUCAAAAACAAAUAUUGGGUCGAAGGUACUUACUGCAAAUUCCAUCAAGGAAAUGGGCAUGACACUGAAAGCUGCUGGCAUCUAAAACAUACGAUCCAGGACAUGAUAGAGGAUGAAGUAAUACCUCUCCCUAACGUUGGCAAACCCAACAACAACAAGAGCCCACUCGGCUCUUGUCACAUCUCUCUCGACCAACCAGAGAAUUUCGACCCCACGGUGUAUAUUACACCUCAAGGUGCACCACUCGCUGUGGUACCUAUGGAUCGAAUCGAGGGGGAAGUAUGCGGUGUGUGGAACGAUGAUGCCGAAGAUAUUUACCUAUCUCAAGUCUCGGGCCAGGACCUCUUCACUGAAACUUGGCCCGGGAAUGCUCUCAUUGACACCACCCCUCAGGAGCCCGAGGUCGACAACCUCACCCGAUCCGGAAGGAUAUACUAACCGGAUAUUCACCCACCUCCUAUGGACGACAUCCCGGUUAGGCAAACUCCUGAGAACGGGCGGCACGCCACCGUCGCGGAAGUCAUUGAAAAUCCUCUCCUGAAACAACUGAAAAGAACCAAGGCUGAGAUUACCAUAUGGGAUCUUAUGUGUACUUCAAAGGAACAUCGCGAAAAGCUUAUUCGCUCACUUGACCUCAUCUCAGUACCCACAGAUAUCACACCUGACUCAUUGGUUAGCCAUGUCACGAGAGAUGCUGGAGAAAAGGCCAUAGUUUUCACUGAUAAAGACUUACCCAAAGAGGGGGGUGCUCACAAUAAAGCCCUUUACUUAGUGGUUGGAUGCAAAGGACAAAACAUCCUCCUAGCGCUCGUAGCUAAUGGUUCGGCGGUUAAUGUCUGCCCAUUGCGAACCGCCCAUUGCUUAGGGCUGGGAAACGACGACUUCCAAACCUCCACGCAAGGGGUACGAGCUUAUGAUAACUCCCGAAGGCCUGUAUUGGGAAAAAUCAACCUUAGCAUACAAACCGGGCCUGUGGCACGCACCACGGAGUUUCAAAUAAUCGACAUCAAGCCCACUUUCAACCUCCUCUUGGGGCGACCUUGGCUCCAUGACUUAGGAGGUGUGGCUUCUACCUUGCACCAAAUGGUUAAACUUAACCAUAACGGGGUAAUACUAGAUAUCCGCGCCCCUCCUCUCGACUUCAAUUGUACUAUGGUUGGAACGGCCGAAACUGCAGAUGACCUUUAUGGGUUUCAAAUGGAAGAAACAAUCCAGUUCAUCGAAGAUUAUGAUCCAGCAUUCCUAGACCCGCAUGCAUCCCGAGUCAUCCCUAGAAUGCUGUUAGCUCAAGGUUAUUUCCCAGGAACCCCAUUGGGAAUAAGGAAGAAGGAAUGCACAUUCCAUCCUUUUCCCGACAAAUCUACUCCCUUUGGCUUAGGUUAUGAACCAACGGAGGAAGAUAUUGCUGACCGCCUAUAUAGGCUACGCCUUAACAAAGCCAAACAAACCACCCUCCUUCCCCCAUAUCAAAGGACCCUUAACGGGAUGUUUGUUCGGGAAGGAGAAGAACACCCAUGCUGUGAUUUCCCUGAACCCUUCGUUCAGGAUGGCUUGCUAAAACCCGGAUUUGAAAUUUUCCAUGAUUGCCACACCUUGGAUGAGGCACCCCACCUCACCAAGACUAAAAUAGCUGAAAUAUUGGACAAACCAGGCUCUAUGGACAUUGUUUAACGAAUCGAGGCCUAUGGAGAACGAGACUGUGAUGACUACCCUAGCUUUACAAGAUGAAGGUUUCGAUCCAACCCGGUUAAUCUCUCCUGCAUCAACACCACAAGAGGUCGGGGACGGAUGGGUGAAGACAUAUCAGUGGGUCAACGCAAAAGGAAUGGAAUUCAAGAUGAGUACCGGUGAAGGACCAAAGAUUUAUGAGACUAAACCCCAGGCUUGAGCCACAUAGAGCACCAUUAGUAAAAAGCGCCUAGUAGUUCUUUAGAUUGAUAGAAAAAAUAAUAGAGACUUUAGAUGGUCCUAAGGCCCUUUAGAAUAUGGGUCAGUUUUAUUUCGGUGUGUUUUCCUUACUUUCCAAAUCAAUAAAGGCGUAAUAUUUUUCCUAAAAUUUUUAUUCUAACACUAAAUAAACACCAAAUGUACUUGCAAAUAAAAAAAUAUAAUAAUAAAGAAGCGGCCCACUAUAGGCCCAACAAACAAAGCCCACUCGGUUUUGAAAUAAUGCCAUGUGAACCAGUUCCCGAAACCCACAAAAUAAACCACACUAUCCCAUCCUCAAAACCUAAAAAGCCAACCAAUGUCAUCAUAAGAGCCAAUCCAUGCAACCCAAAAUCAAAAAGAAAUCAAAAAUUUAAAACAAAUGCAAAUGUUACCAAAAAAAUAAAUUCAUAAAACAUAGAAUCCACCAACAGCGGUUUCACAUAAAUUCCAUCAUACCCUCCACAAAGAUCUUCAUAAGUUCCGCACCCUAACUCCAUUUUCAAAACUGUUUUGAGUCACCAAUAGAAAAAAUUAAUCUGGACAAAAAUGCGUUUCACGCUAACAGUAAAAAAAGCCUCCAAAUAGCAUCAAAAUUAACUUUAACUACGGAGCAAAAUAUCAAGGCACAAAAAACGAAAUAGAAAUAAACGCAAGAACAUGUGAAGCAAAAACGUCAAAAUUGACCGCCCAAGUUAUUUUCAGCGCCCAGGGCUGGGCGCCGAAAUUUCUGACGCCCCAGCCUGGGCGUUGAAACUCUCUGCCUGCCAAAAGUUUUCCUUUUUUCGAAAAGUGCUCGUCAUUUUUUCCGCACACAACGGAAAAAUAACGAACACUUGGGGGGUACAGUACGUAUCCAAAUAGGUUUACCAACAAAUUGGUCGAAUUUUACGCAACCUAUGGAAAACGGCAGAUGAAAAUAAUGGCAAAUACUUCACUCAUUUGACCGAUUAAGUAAUAUGUUUCCACUUCAGGACAUAUCUACCGAAAUCCGGCAUACUAGAAGUUAUUCUAAAGCUAAGAACUACGCGCGACCUGAUUCUGACAAGAUACGUAGGCAAUCCUUACCAAGGAUUCGGUCCAAAUAAUAAUAAAAAAUUAUAUUCUUUGUGUAAAGAAGUGUUAGACAUAUAAACAAAAUUGAAUGGAGACUAAAAAUACGCCUUUAUUAAAAUAUAAUAAGAAGGAAAACAAAGUGCUAGGAAUAAAAACAAACACAACUGAAAUAAAUAGAGGGCACCUACACCCUAGCAAAGAACUACACUACUCUAGUUCUUCCGGAUCAUCAAAUAAAGUCUUGAAGAGAGCAAUGUUCGCAGGAUCCACCUCCAUAGUCUUCUGCGCUGCCCCAAUAUCAAUCUCCAUAAGAACUGGCUCCUGGACACUAACUUCCAAAGAUGCCAAAGCUUUAGAAACAUUCUCAGUUAUAGCCCGCUCAGCCUCAAGGGCACAAACAGUGGUGGGAGAAGGAUUACUAUCGUCAACUGGACUAGCCACUGUUUCUACAGGCGGCUGAGCCUUCCUAACCCAUACAUUGUUCCGGCGACGAUCUCCGCGAGAGCUUGCAUUUCUUUUAACAACAGCAGGCCCUUUCAUGUUAGGCAUCUUUUUAGGCCUGACACUGGAACGGGGAAGAACUUCCUUUCGCUUUCGAUCAGGACGAGCUUUCACAGUCUUAAAACUAUAGGUACGAGGUCUGGCAGAAUCAGGACCCUCAUACUUAACACGAAUACGAGGUAUCAAAAGCUCAGCCGGCUCCCCAUUACGAGCCUCGGUCCUCACAUCCUUGUCAUCAGAACUCAUCCACAACUUAUAGUUUUCAGAAAGACCCACAAACCCAUUUGUAGCUACAGCCCAACGCGGGAGACCAUCAUAAUACCUAGCCCACGCUAAGACCCGUGUUUGUGCAAAAGUCGCUACCUUAGGUGGUACGGUAUCAGAAAAGGGGAUAGUCUGCCUUAAACCAUAUUGACGCAUGACUCGGUAAGGGAAAAUAUAAAUGGGACAAGAUAGCCCCAACAAAGAAAUAUAAACUGAUACAUCAGACCCCCCUGUCAUAGUAGUCAAACCCCACCAUGGUACCACCCACUUAAUAGAACAAAUGCCAUAAGUAAAAAAGGAGGUCCAUUCGGCCUCGUCCUGGCCUUGGUGCAAGUAUUUUCGGUUACCCAAAGCUAUAGGGCGAUAAUGUUUAGGAUCGGCAGGAGCUUCCAAAAGUCUAAGCCGUUCCGCAAGCCAAAUCUGCAAAAACAGGUACGAUCGAAUCAAAAGAAUGAAAAGAAAGAAAAAAGGUUCCUGGGGCGCAGUUUCAACGCCCAGGACCAGGCGCCGAAUAUUCCAGCGCCCAGCCCUGGGCGCUGAAACUCAGCCCCAGGCAAAAAGAAAUAUAUAAAAGUGGCGUAUGUGUGCGCAAAGAAAAAAAUAGAUUACCUGCAGUAAUAGGGUGCUUCCCUUAAAAAUUUCGGAUUUGGCAUCCUUCUUCAGCUCAUCCGCACUCAGCAAAGUCUCAGCAACAACCAACGGCAUAAUAGAAUAGCAACUUUCCAUCUGGCUAAUCAAGGGGAUCAGCCUUAUGUCACCGAACUCACCAUUAUUAUUCGACAGCAAAUAAUGAUUCAACAAGCAAAAUACAAGGGCUCGAAUGUUCAAUUUUUGUUCGGUCAUAUUCUUACUAGGCCUAAAAUGAUGUUUUACAAGUUUUGCCAAGUUAACCUUAUCGUCUACAACAAGUUCAGCAAACAUGUUAUCAUCUAGCCCUAGGAAAGCCCUUAUGGUUGUUUUACCCUCUUCAAUAGUGCCCGGGGUAACAGGAGUAGCAUUGAGGAUUUACGUGUUAUGAUUCAUUAGGCUUGUUUUAAUUAUUAAAUAAAUUAUGAAUUUUCAGAUUCGUUUAUUGAAUAAAGAAUUGAUUUUUAUGAUGAUAAAUUGGUUUUAAUGAGAUUUUCAAGUUAGGGUUUUAAUCUAGACCUAAUGAGUCAAUUGAUUAGCAUAAUUAGGUGAUGAUUUUAAUUAUGAUAAUCAAUUAUAUUUUCAGAUUUGAAUAAAGGCUUAAAGUGUUGAUUUUUAUUGAUUUUAAAGGCGGAAAAAGUACGUUUUCGUACUAGGAAUUGGUUUUGCAAAUUGAGACGAUUAUAUUAUUGAAAAACGAUUGAAUUCUAAAGUUUAAAUAAGGUUUUAGAUUUUAUAAAGUUGCUGGAAAAUUAAUGAACAUGGAAAUAAUUUAAGUUUCAUUAUUUUGUUAAUAGGAGGUGAUUUCUGAGUGAGUGCUCGUUGUUGCAAAGUGGCCCCUACGCUUAGGUAUUCAAGAAUAAUAUAGCAGGUUGGUUGAUCGGAAUCAUGUGGCUUGGGAUGAUCGAGAGAGUUGCAUGUUUUCGUAUUUUGAACUACUUAAUUAUAAUUUAAUUAUGUUUGAAAUGUUUGAACUUUGAACUAUUUAUACUUUGGUUUUUGGGCCGUUAUGGUUCCAAAUUGUAGGAGGCCUCAAUAUUUCAUUAAUUAUGUUUUUAAAAGUUAGUUGACAUUAA